CCGGUGCAGUACCGUGCGAGCGGCGGUGGUGGUGGCGGAGGUGGUGCGGCCGCCUGGAGUACGGCGCCGUCUCACGCGGCUGCGGCCGCGGCGGCAGCAGCGGCAGUUACGUACCCACCUUACACGCGUUAUCCGAGUGCGGCAGCAGCGGCUGCGGCGGCCGCCGCGGUCGGUGGCGGUCCCCAGCAGCUACCGGCAUCCGUUAAUCCCUUCGUCACCGCUACAUACGCGCAGCACGCGACGUACGGCGGACAGCGGGUGCCUACAGCUUCAUCUCCAGCAAACACUAACAGCAGCUCCAGUAGUGCCACCGGCAGUCAAAGCGGGACAAUGAGCACGAACCUCAGCAACAAUGCCAUGCAGGGUCAACAAGCAGAGCAGCUGUCUAAAACGAAUCUAUACAUCCGUGGCCUCAACCAGAAUACGACUGACAAAGACCUCGUUAACAUGUGUUCUCAGUACGGAACUAUAACUUCCACCAAGGCGAUUUUAGACAAAAAUACAAACAAAUGUAAAGGUUACGGAUUUGUAGACUUCGAGUCACCGAUGGCGGCAGAGGGUGCUGUGAAAGCACUGGUCGCCAAGGGCAUCCAAGCGCAGAUGGCGAAAGUGGGUAUCUGGUUGCUCCGUAGACUGGACAGUCAACAGGAGCAGGAUCCCACUAAUCUGUACAUCGCCAACCUGCCGCUGACCUUUAAAGAGAACGACGUCGAGGCAUUACUCGCUCAAUACGGACAAGUUAUCUCUACCCGUAUCCUGCGCGACACUUCCGGCCAGAGCAAAGGAGUUGGAUUCGCAAGAAUGGAAUCCAAAGAGAAAUGUGAACAAAUUAUACAAAUGUUUAAUGGAAAGGCACUAACAGGCGCAAAGGAUCCAUUAUUAGUUAAGUUCGCUGAUGGCGGAAAUAAAAAGAAAUCGUUGUUUAAGAGUACAAUAUGGAGAGAGACUGGAGAGAAUAUGACUUUGAACUACGACACGAGUGGCGUUGGUCAGAACGGUGUUGCUACAACUCACAUGCUUCCCACGACAGCUCUUACACAGUACAGUCGUCACUACAGUCAGGCAUUGCCUGGUUACAGUGUGCCGGGCACUCCUUGGGUGGCUCCUUACCUCGUGCACCCUUCCCCGCCACAUAUGCAACAGGUCGACAUGAUACCAUCGGCUGAUCCUAGUAAUCCACAAUACAGUAUGAUUCCUCAGCUUACCACGCAAAUGUCUACCUUGCAUCUUGGCACUGGUUCCUACAUAGCGAGCCCGCAUCCCUAUCCUUACACAACUUAUCCCGCUCCUAGCAUUAUUCACACCAUGCCACUGGGCGAGUCGGAGCAGACGAGUAACGCAGCGUCCCCCGACGACUCCUAUCAGCAGUACCAGGCUCAACAGCCUAAGUAGGCCACGGUUUAUAAUAGAUGUACGAUCGCGCUAAGGGUUACGUGAAUUAGGAAAGGCUUACUGAUUGACUUAUGAAGAUAUGCGCAGAAGGAGGGCAACAAAUACGAAAGCGGAUUAUACUAAGAAGAAUAGAUUUGAAACAAAAACUACAUUACGUAACGAAUAAGAUUCUUCCUCACGAUAAAUUGACUUGCCAGCGUUUUUAUACGUUUUAUCCAACAGUAAAUAGAGGAAAGUAGAUGAUAUUUUGCAACGAGUAGGCAGAGUGAAUGUUGAGAGAAUGUGUAAGAGCGAGAGGAAAUGAGCGAGCGAGAGAAAGAUUAUAAUUGAAAGAAGUACAGGAAGAUGAGUACGAGCACGAUUACGUGUCGUCCGCGUGAAAUGACACGUGCUUCCAUACUAGUUAUGGCUCCAUUAAAGCUACGUGAUGGUAACACGUACACUCUCAUGUACACACAUACAGAGAGAGGGAGAGAGAGAGAGAAAGAGA